AUGGAUAUAGAAACUUCCAAAAACCCCAAAUCUUUACCUAUUAUCCUUCCCUUUAGUUCCCUUACCUUCCCUGCCUUCCCUCACACUCCCAAAUUCAUUUAUAAAUCAAAAAAAUCCAAUAAUAAAUAUUUAAAAGCAAUCCAAGAAGAAAAAUCAGAAAGACAAACAAAUAGCGAAGAUACUACAAAUUUACGUAAUGAUUUAAUUCGUUUAAUGAUUGGAGAGGAUAAAUUACUUAAAGUUAAAGUUCAAUAUUUAGAAGAAAGAACUGCCUUAAAUUUACAAUGUCCAAAUAAAUAUGGGCGGUUAUUAAAUUUUUAUUAUACAACUUCUAGUAGAGAAUUAAUGAUACAGAUCCGUAACCAACAAGAUCUCGAUUAUGUAAUUCAAUUACAUGAAAAAGCUGGUAGUAAACGUCGAAUGAGACUUAUACUUUCACAAAAAAGGGAUAAUUAUUUCGAAAAUACUGGUCCUCCGUUAACUCCACAUUCACCUAUCUGUGGUGUUUUUACUGUUCCAAAUGGUUUUGCAGAGACAACAUUAUCUGAAACUUCUUCUCUUUGGUCGUUAAUCAGCAGUUCCUCUACAAAAAGAACCCCUGGAGGGACACCUAUCCGAUUUUGUGGAAAACGGGGAGAGACUUCUUCCUUAGAUGCAGAGAGGUUAUCUGACACCCCCACACCAAGAGUACCAAAUAAUUGGCGUGAAGGACGGUGUCUUGGCCGUGGAGCAUAUGGCCAUGUUUUUGUUUGUUUAGAUGUUGACACUGGAGAACAAUUGGUAGUCAAGAAAAUUUAUUUGAGAGGUCACCAACAACGAAGCCGUGUAAUGGCAACAUUAGAAAAUGAAUUAAAUAUGUUGGGCACUUUAAAACACCCAAAUAUUGUCCAAUAUGUUGGAAUUGUUGAAAGGACAGAUUGUGUUAAUAUUUUUAUGGAAUUAAUGGCUGGGGGAUCUUUAAAAGAUCAGAUAAGCGAGUAUGGAGCAUUAAGCGAACAAAUGAGCAUUCUCUUUACUUCCCAAAUUCUUGCUGGUUUAGCAUAUUUACACUCAAAAGACAUUGUUCACAGAGAUAUUAAACCUGCAAAUAUUUUACGUCAUACGAGUGCUCGUGUUAAAAUUGGGGACUUUGGAUCAGCUAAAUUUCUUCAGGCAAUUUGCAGUGAACAAGGAAUUGAUAUUCAAGGAACCCCUCAUUAUACAGCUCCAGAAAUUAUUCGUUGUGACCGUCGUUAUGAGCCUAAAUCUGACGUUUGGAGUGUUGGGAUCACUUUAGUCGAAAUGUUAACAACACAAACACCUUGGGCAGGUAUAGAACCAUUUGCCAUUCAUGUCAGAACUAUGCCAGAACCGUCAUUGCCUAAUGGACUUUCUUUGGCAUUAAUUGAAGCGAUUAAUUUAAUGUUAAAAAGAAAACUUGAGGAAAGGCCAACAGCCCUAGAAUUACUUGGAAUUAAACCAUUUUGUAGUUCUGAUGAACGAUUAGAUGUAGUAGAGGAGGCAAAGGAAGGGAGAGGAGUGAUUUUGAAAAUUGGUCAUAAUGGGUAG